UUUCCGGGGUCAAUACACAUCGGAAACUAGCCUAUCAUGUGCUUUCUGUCGAUUCGAAGUUUCUAGCAACCGCAAAAUAUUCAGUAUUAUGCGAACAUAUGCCAGUGACUGUUAAAAGCAGAUAUCAAUAACUAGUGAAAAUGUUUUAGCUCGGCUAUAAAAUAAUGUCUGAAGAUAUUCACGUAUUUCUAAAAUAACUAAAAUAGUUAUUUAGGUAGCAAACGAGCUAACCUGCUAACUGAAUAAGUUUUCACUUAACUAACCUAACAGUAUUGAUCAUGUUUGGCUGUCUAGUUGCAGGCAGACUGGUUCAGACAGACGCUCAGCAAGUUGCGAGCGACAAAUUUGUCUUCAACCUGCCAGACUAUGAAAAUGUGAACCACGUCGUUGUCUUCAUGUUGGGAACAGUGCCUUUCCCUGCAGGCAUGGGCGGUGCCGUCUAUUUUUCCUUCCCUGACCCCAACGUUGGGCAGGUGUGGCAACUCCUCGGCUUCAUAACCAACGAAAAACCAAGUGCCAUAUUUAAAAUAUCUGGCUUAAAAGCUGGUGAGGGUGGAGCUCAUCCAUUUGGCAUGAUGGCAGCUCCUCAAGCCCCAUCAGUAGCCCAGGUGGGCGUUUCUGUGGAGACCCUUGACCAGCUGGCUCAGCAGACACCAGUCUCUAACGCGGCUGUCUCCAUCAUGGAUUCUUUCACACAGUUCACUCAGAAGAUGCUAGAGAGUCUAUACAACUACACCUCCUCCUUUGCCCAAUUGCAGUCUCAGAUGACACCAAACCCCUCAGAAAUGUAUGUUCCUGCCAGCUCCAUUCUUAAGUGGUAUGAAAACUUUCAGAGACGAAUGGUGCAGAAUCCAAACUUCUGGAAGACAUGAUGUGUUUUGUUAACUGAAUGACUAGCUAACAGAAGAGCAGAAAUUCACUGACAUGCAUUCAAUCCAGGCUUACAUGGAACUCCUGAUGGGCAAUAGGUUAUUACCGUACACUAAAAUGUGAAAGCCAUUUUGUGAUGUACCGUUAACACGAUAGCUUAAAACAUUUUUAUAGCCAUUGCUGAACCGCAAACACACAAUAUUAUUGAAGUGCUUUUGGAUAUUUUUUUCCAGCAGAUUUGCAAUCGGAUGUUUCAGAACUUCAGACCACAUUGAAAUGUAACAGCAUAUUAAAUCGGUGUAUUGCAA